ACACAUCACGUCUCAUAAAAACAAGUUGGAAUUGAGAAAUCACCGAAAAGCAGACCGGAAAAGCGAGCUGGCAGUUCCAGCCAGAACGAGUGAAACAACUCCGCCUCGAAAAGUUUCGCCGGAAAGUGGGCGUAACCGUCCGGCUUUCCCUGCAUGUGUACAGAUGAAAGUCGCUAAGAGCAACUAUUUUUUUUCUCCAUAUUUUUGUCAUUUUACGAUCAUUCUGCUGGCAUUGAAUCCAGUUCUGAGCAUCCGAUUCCCAGAUCGGAUCCCGGAGGUUCCACAUGAUGCAUCUAAUCAGCCAUUACAAACGGCAGUUUUCUCUCUCGGAAGCUUCUGGAGGUCGGAAGCGUCAUUUGGCUGCCUAAACGGCAUCGUAAGAACCACCGUCGGUUAUGCUGGUGGUUCAAAAGCCAAUCCUGAGUACAGAAAUUUGGGCGACCACGCUGAAUCUGUACAGGUCGAAUAUGAUCCCCGAGUAAUUGGUUUCAGACAAUUAUUGGAGGUCUUCUGGGCUAGCCAUGAUUCUAGGCAAGUCUUUGGGCAAGGUCCUGACGUGGGUGACCAGUACAGGUCUAUUAUUUUCACAAGCGGCACUGAGGAGUCCAGAUUGGCUGCUGUUAGCAAAGAAAGAGAACAAUCAAAGUCAAAGAGCAGCAUUGUAACCACUCAAAUUCAACAGCUUGAAGCCUUUUAUCCUGCAGAGCCUGAACAUCAGAAAUUUGAGCUUAAGCGGAACCCCUUCCUACUUCAAUUGAUGGGAAACUUGCCUGAGGAGGAGCUUGAGAGGUCAACACUGGCUACAAAACUAAAUGGCUAUGCAGCAGAACUUUGUCCAUCAAGAAUCCAAAAGCGGAUUGAUGCAAAGAUCAAUGAUAUUAUCAAGAAAGGUUGGCCCAUUCUCAAAGAAUUUUAGGUAUACAUCUCAAGGGUAUAUGAGAACCUGCAGAUCUUUGUUAAGGUGUAGAAACUGAAAGUUUCCUUUGCUGAAGUAAUAUCUUGCAGAUGACAGAAUACCUUCAUGCAAAUUCAUCCUACAUUAUAGAAUCUGAAUAGCGAGCAGAGACCUUUUUACAGAGAUUAAUCAAAUUUGUUUGUACAAUCGGAAUGUUCACAAUAGGUUUGAUUGGACUAGACUGAGCUGAUACCUUUUUUGCAGAGAUUAGUCAAAUAUAUUUGUACAAUCUGAAUGUUCUGUAUAGGUAAUAGGUUUGAUUGCACCAACACUCAGCAUCGUUGUGAAAGGGCUGUGGAACCUUAAAAUCAUGUUGUUGUAGCACUUUUUUUUUAUUCUAAUUCUAUGUAUGCUUCGCAACUACGUUAUCAUGAUGUAGUAGUUGCAAUUUGCAAAUACAUAAACUAUUUAUCUACAAUCAGGCAACACAUUUAGCUGAUUGGAUUAUUUUUUUUAUAAAUUUGACCAGUUUUUGGA